AUGGAGCCUCCAUCCACUUCUCUGACGGCUCUUCCACGUCGGGCCUCGCAAAACAAUGACGCCUCCUUGCGCCCUGAUGGCGCUACCAAUUCUAUCCACAGCCGUCCUGACACUCGCCCACGUUUCCCCACGAGUCCACCGCACACCGAGGACGGUGAGGUAGACUCUGCUCAGGAGGUCAACGUUACAAAAUUCAACAAGCUGCUCAACUGCGAUAGGAGACGCCCGGAGGAGGAGCAGGAGGACAAGUCCCGCCUCGUCAACAUGUCGUCCACUCUAGUUGGCCAGACGGUCACGCCCUUCCUUAAGGAACAUGUCCCGAGCUUGUACGCUCCUGUCUCCAAGAUCGAAUCGGCAUACCCAAACGAGCCAUCGAGGCAGAAGGAGUACAACAGCAAGUUCUGCUACCGGCACCGACCGGACUCGAAAUGUCGGAAAGCUGCCGACGAGAACAAGAUGGCCAUGAUCCAGAGUGAACUUGAAAAGCUCCCCCAAGCUGACCAACAGGCCAUCACGCACGUCUGGAGUCUCUUUUCUGCUGCACCCUCCAAGCACAGAGAGUUAAUGAUUCAGGGUAUCCUCUCAUCGUCCUGCUUUCCUCAACUCAGUCUCGUCUCUCGCGAGGUACAAUCUCAACUGAAAAUCGACUUCAUUUCCGCACUGCCCAACGAGAUCUCCAUCAAGAUCCUCUCUUCACUUGAUACGGUCUCGCUCUGCAAGGCAGCACAAGUAUCUCGCCACUGGCGAGUUCUGGCGGAUGAUGACGCCGUCUGGCACCGGAUGUGCGAGCAGCACAUCGACAGAAAAUGCACAAAGUGUGGAUGGGGCCUUCCGUUACUGGAGCGUAACAGGCUACGUAACUGGACUCGGCAACGGCGGCUCGCAGCAAGCCAGAAGCAAGAGCCAUCCGAACGGGUUAUGCCUCUGUCACCACCCACACUUCCCCUACCAAACACGCCCAAGACACCCGCGUCUCCAAAGAGAACUGCAAGCCCUUCCGAAGAAACCGGCCCCUCGAAGCGUCAGUGUGUAUCUCGAGUUGGCUCCACCGAAGACGCCGUCGAGCACAGGCGCCCGUGGAAGGAUGUUUACCGGGACCGUUGGCAGAUCGGCGUGAACUGGAAGCUGAUGCGGUACACUCAGAAGACCUUCAAGGGUCAUACAAAUGGUGUCACAUGUUUGCAGAUUUGGGAUGACACCACGCUUGCUACGGGCUCUUACGACAACACAAUCAAGAUCUGGAACUUAGAAAGCGGCGAGGAAGUGCGGACCCUGAAAGGGCACACUCGAGGAAUCCGUUCUCUCCAGAUGGAUGAUACCAAACUUUUGAGUGCCAGCCUGGACGGUACUGUCAAGGUCUGGAACUGGCGCACCGGGCAGUGUAUGCGGACACUUUCUUCCAAUUCGGAUGGCGUCAUCUCUGUGCAUUUCCAGGAUGAGUUGGUUGCCACGGGAAGCAUUGACCACACUAUUCGGGUGUACAAUUUCUCGAACAAGGAGGCAUUCUGCCUAAAACACCAUGUGGACUGGGUCAACAAUGUCAAGGUUGACACGAACAGCCGCACCCUAUUGUCCGGGUCUGAUGAUUGCACUGUCGUUCUCUGGGAUCUCGAUACUCGCAAGAUCAUCCGAGAAUUCAUUGGCCACGUCGGUCACGUGCAGCAGGUACUGGGAUUGCCAGCUGAUUUCGAACCCGACGAGGAUCCUGCCACCGCUGGCCAAGAUCCCACCGAGACCAUGUCUGUAUCCAGUGGGCAUAGCUCGACGUCGGCGCCGGGGCAAUCCGACUCCAACCCCAGCGAUCCUGAACUCGAACUCCGGGCUUCUUACGGGCCAGGCUUCAUCGAUCAGCCUGAUCGCCCAUUGCCCGCCCGAUACAUCCUGUCCGGAGGCCUCGACGCUUCUCUGAAGUUAUGGGACAGCUCGACUGGCCGCGUGAUCCGUAACCAAUGGGGCCAUCUUGAGGGCAUCUGGUCUGUUGAGUGCGACAGUCUCCGUAUGGUGACUGGAGCCAACGACAGCUUGGUCAAGACAUGGGAUCCACGAUCCGGCAGAUGCACCGGUACAUUCGCUGGACACACCGGACCUGUGACAUCGGUCGCUGUGUCAGACGCUCUAAUGGCGUCGGGGAGUGAAGAUGGAGAGGUGAAGUUAUAUAACUUCAAGUUGAGUGAUGGGUGCCGACGAUCCACCAGCCCCGUUGAGCAGUCGUCGCAGUGA